CGGAACCCUUUCAAAUAUAUAUUUUUUUUCAAUGGCCAGCUCAUCAUCACGUAAACAUCAAAAGUAUCGUUCAAGGCGAAGAUUAGCAGCACUCAGCUUCUUAUCUAAUAUUUCUCUAGAUGGGACUUAUUCCGUUCUAUCGAUAGCGGUGAAUGGAAAAGACAGGGAAAAUGCUGAUAAGGGAACUGAUUUAAACAAAACACCCCACCAAGAAACCAAUCUCCAUGGUGAUGAGAACACUGAGGCUUUUGAGAACUUUAGUUGGUCGAUUUCACCGAAAAAAGAUAAUGAGUUUAGUAAAAGAAAUGCAUUUAGUAGCAGCUCUAAACCACAAAGCACCAGCAGUAAUAGAUCUCCAAAAGGCUUGAGAUCCGACCGUGUAACGGAUGGGCAAACUCAAGGUGGUAAAAGAUGGAGGUAAAAAUAUUAUAUUAUUUAUAAUUUAAGGCUGCGACUAUUCGCACCGGGUACCAACAGUGAGAGGUUGGGAUUAAAAAUAAUUUAAAAUAUUAUUGUUGGGUUUAUAAGACAAAAUGAGGUAUCAAAUGAAAGAUAAUUGAAUGUCUGAAUGGACUAUAUGUUUGUAAACUUACUUCGGCUACUGUGAAGAGAUGGUUUCAUGACGUCAUUUGCGGGUUUAUUUAAGUUGCCGUGAAUUAGGGUUCAGGUUAGGUUUAGGGAUACAUUUCGGGUUCAGGUUAGGUUUAGGGAUACAUUUAGGACAUAGUAGGACAAUGAUGGCUGCCAUGAUGAAAAAAUGCGGGGAUAUCUCUUCACAUUUACCCUUACUUCUUCAGUUUAAUUAAAAUAAACUACCAGCUACCACAAAUGACAUCCGAAUAGCAUUUAGUCAAAGUGGCCCUUCGGACACGCAGCGCUGCCAUUCGCACCCAGGUCCCAAUAGACCAAUGCUAUUCAGAUGUCAUUUGUGGCCAAGUCCAACUACUUAUACUUAUACCAAAGUAAAGGAGAAAUCAUAAUUUUGUCACUUCAAAAUCAAAUAAUUGUAAUUGCAUCCAGCGCUCUUGUUUUAUAUUUAAAUGUGUUGGACUGUCACUUAAUUUGAGGAGGGAAAGGUGAUUGUGGGUGCAGAACGAAAACAGUGGUAAGGUUUGGGGAGGGGUCUUAGUAAGUCCCUCCCCGAAAAAUGUUUGAUAAGUUCAAAAUGAUGGUAAGCAUUUAGCAUAUACAUGAAAUUAGUUUUUCCUCGUUCUACACUUAACCGUCUACCUACAGAAAACAUGCUAGUUGAAAUUUAGGUUUCCUUAACCAUGCAUGGGUUACAAAAUUUCUUUUAUUUUUAGUUCUAUCUAAAUAGUAAUGUUGCUUCAUAAUUUUAUUUUGAAACUAUUUUUUUGUUUAAACUGCUUCAUCAGGGAAUGAUUUAAAAACAAUUUAUUUCAGAUCAAAACAGUUGUUCGAUAGAAAAAAAUAAAAAUGAAUAAAUUAGUAUAAUAAUUACCAUUUUUCAUUUAAUUUAAAUUUCAGUACAUUUUUCCAAAAUUUACAGUUACAAAAAAAAGAGAGAAAAUACUGCUUUGUAGAAAAGGUCUAUAGAUUUUGUAUGGCUAUUUAAAAACCGGUCAUUUUUAAAUAAGUUUUAUCUAAAUUGUACAAAAAAAGUUAACAGGAAUUAUUCACGAAAGGCGUCAGAUAUUUAUUAAUAUGUCAUUUAUCUGAGGGAAGAUGAAACAGUAUGAAGUUCCAAAUAAAUGCAGUAACUUGAAAGGUUUAUUUGGAAUUUGUAACUCAUAACUUUCUUCAUUUAAAUGAAUAUAUAAUUAACUUAUGGCCCCUUUUUUAAGACUAUUUGAUUUACUCGCCCCCCCCCCCUUCCUCUCCCCCCCCCCCCCACCGGCAACACCACACCAAAAAAACAAAUUGACAAUUAAUUGACAAUUUCUAGGUCUCAAAAUAGUUAAAAUAUUUCAUUAAACAGUUUCCGGUGGAGGUCCCCGGACACCUCUUUAGCUUGAGGGUAUCCCUUAAAACCCUCCUUCGAUGUGUCCCGUUUUUUUCCGUUCAUGAUUUGGUCACCUUAGUAUACACUGUAUUAAUGUGUAUUCUGAUGCAAAGAAACAUUUUUGUUUAGUUUUUUUCAACUUAUAGGUGAGGAAAGGAAUUAGUUGAUAUUUUUAAUAAGGUUUUUUUAAAAGGGUUUUUAAGUGAAAGUACUCUGAAAGAGUCAUCAAGCCUACAAAUGAAAAGCUAUAGAAGGCUACAUAUGGUUCAAAUAUAGAGCCAACAUACAUUUUUUUUUAAAGAAUUUAAUAUUGUAAAAUCAAUUUUAGUUUGGUUGCCACAUUUAAGAGAAGCCCUUUUUCAAUAGUUUGCCUAACACUUUUAUUUUCAGUAUAGUUUUGGAUACUGUAAGAUUACAAGUCUAUAUCAACUUGAAAAUAGAGAAACAUGAGGCACAUUUUUUUUGUCAUCUGCCAUUUUGUGGCUAUAUUAUGGGACAAUGAACAAUAUCACUUAUAUUGGCAUGAUAGUAGCGGCAAUAUUUCCUGGCUCAUAUAAAUAACCACAUGUAACAAUUUGAAAUGACAAAAUAAAUUUUUUUGAAAAGUGCUCACUUUCUUUUUAAACUGAUUAAAAUGUGAUUUAGUUUUAGAAAGCUAUUCAAAGAUUCUGGUGGUUUACAUUGCAAUUGAUUCAAUUCAUGAAGGAAAAUAAAUAACCACACCAACUACACUUACCAACAUUCUCUACAUCAGUGGUCCUCAACCUUCCCAAUGCUGCGACCCUUAAAUGCAGUUCCUCAUGAUGUGGUGACCCCCAGCCACAAAAUUAUUUUCGUUCCUACAUCAUAAUUGUAGAGUAUAUGUGUUUUCCGAUGGUCUUGGGCGACCCCUGGGAAAGGUUUCAUUUGACCCUCAAAGGGGUCGUGACCCACAGGUUGAGAACCGCUGUUCUACAUAAUGUGCACAUUAUAAUUCUGUUCAUCAUUUUUUUAAACUAUAUUUUAUAUGAUUUGUUUCAGCAUAUUCUAUUUACUUAUUUCGUUUUGAUUAUUUAAAAUCAAUUUAAGUUUUAAUAUUUACAAAAUGAAAUCAAGUAAAAUAAUUACAUGUAUUUGUAUAAAUGUAUUGAUUUAUAAAUUUAAUAAUGUCCAAAUUUUUUUUUUUUUACAAUUUCUUAGAGCAUCAUCUUAUUCUAGCGGUGACAAACCCGGUAAGCCAGCAAGACGACUCUUACACUUGCACUCUGAUCCAUUUGAUCGUUUCCCACUUGCCAUUAAGAGACAAUUAUUCGGAGAAGGGCUGGGAUUGGGUGACUAUAUUCUUUUGUUGAAUUCAAUUGAUGGAAAGCAUUCAGUGUUGUCAUCACCAACAACUGAUUAUUCUUUUGAUGGCAUGCUCAAGUUAAAGGAAAAAAAAAGAUCUUUUGUUUCGAUUCUGACUUUUAUGUUUGUAUGGCAUUAACAUGCACAUAUAAAGGCAUGCAGGAAAACUGCUUUAGAUAUUGUGGCAAGAUUAAUGUCAAUUACCUGAUAAAUACCAACGUUUUGCAACUUAAUAUUAUAACUUGUAGGUCACAUAUACCUAAUUAGUAAAUCUAUGUAAACGCUGAAAUUAUUAACUAAAUAUUACUUUCUGUAUCCAUAUUUUUUGAAUGAACGUAAACCAAUAUUACUUUAGAAACACAAACAUGAACUCUAAUAUUUUGUUAUGUUUCAUAUAUAAAUAAUUGUUGCUUAACUUUUAGAAAUAAAUUAACAAUAUGUGCAUACAUGUUAAAUUUAUUUUUAAAGUUUUUAGUAACAUUAAUAAUCUCAGUUGUGUUUCAUGAGGGGUACCAGGCAAAGCUCAUUACACAUGUAUAAUACAUCUUUAGCUUUUAUAAGUAAAUACCCUUAGUUUACCAUUUCAUAGAGUAGCAAGCUUGUUAUAUGAAGAAAAAUAAUCUAAUGCAUGGUGAAUUUUAAAUAUCCCAGCUUGGCAUAAAGCUUUUCAAGAUUUUUGUUUCAUUUAAAUUUUCAUAAAAUAUUUCGUUCAAGUUUUCAAUUAGCUUAUUUUUUGAAUUAUUUUUAAAAAUUUUUUAAUUUGACAGCAAAAGAUACUUAUAUUCUAUUUUUGUUUGUGGACCGUUGCCAAAUGAGUACUUAUUUUGUCAGAUGAAUUAAAAAUUUAGCAUAAUUGCUGUUGUCACAAGCUGUGAAAAAGCAAAAAGUAUAAUUGCUAUAGAUUCAAUAACUGUAAUGCUUCACUGUCAACCUUAAUAAUGGAAUAGAUUAAUUUGUCCUGUUUUUUAAUUCCCUAUUUUUUUUAUUUUAUACUUUUUAUAUUUACAUUUAUACUUGUUUAGUUUUCUUUAAAAGUAUUAUAUUAGCUUCACUAUUUCAAAUAUGUAACUUCAUUUGCACUUAAGCUGAUUAAUUUUUAAAUAUGUUCCCUUUAUUCCUGUAAUUUAAACGAACUUCUAAAAUGUUUUGUAGUUUAAUUAAGGGCAUUGGAACAUUACAUUCUACAAGUCUUUUAGGGGCUUUGUUAUAGUCUUGGAUGAUAUACAUUUAUCUAGCUAUGAAACUUUUUCGACAUUUGAAAGUUGCUACUUAUUGACAAUAGAGCACAUUCUAAAUAAAUAUAUUUCAUAUUCAUAUUAAGAUAACUUCAGUUAUAUUUUACUUUUAUAUAUAUUCAUAUUUGGAAAUGGUUCGGUUAAUAAAAAAUUAAGUUUUAUAAUGAUUAAAGUAUUAUUUAAAAAUAAAUGCAGUAGAUGAUGAUGGUAACCAAACAAAACAGUCACAUUAUUUUAGUGGUUUAGUGUGUAGUGUUGAAUUAAAUUUUAAGGUUUCACUUGACCAUCCUAACUGAAAAUUUUUUCAAAUAUAACCAAAUGUUAGGUGAUCGAAGUCGACGGUCAAGCACUGUUUCUGGUGGAUCACCAGAGUCUAGCGUUUGUGACGUAACGAAUUUGACAGGAGAUACCAAACCUUUGCCUAAUCUCAAAGAUAAAAGGUUGAUUUUUAAAAAAUUUUAUAGACAUAAUUAUCAUUGUUUAUCCGAUUAUCAUUAAUACAUAAAACACUGUUGCUUUUAAAAUAAGAUAAGAUUACACAGCAGUGAAAAAAUCUUCUAAAAAUAUUUGUGUUAAAAAAAUCAAUUUAAAAAAAAUGAAAUUGUCUUUUACUAACAGCACUACAUAUAAAGCAGACUUUAUUUUAAAUCAAUUUUUUUUGGUUUUAAACAUGUUUUGACAAUUAGUAACAACAUAUGUUACAUUGCUUUUAAAAAAAAAUCUAUUAUCUCAAUUAAGUUUUUUUUUAAAGGACCAAAUUAUUUUAAAUAAUUACAGAUUCUGUUUAAGUUUACAACUCCUGAACAUUAUGAUAUUUUGUCAUGCUUAUUUAUUUGAUUAAAGUAUAGAUUUCAAACCAAUAUUUGUUUGUUUUUUUCUUUUCAGGGUAUACCUUGUAUCAGGAGAUCAUAUACCUUUGGCCAUAUGUUCAGUUUUGUCUUUCACUUCUCAAGUACUGCCAAGGUAAAUUAACACAUUUUCAUAGAAACCUCUUUUAUUACUGUUUGUGCCCAGAGAGUCUGAUGACUUAAAACUCUGAAUGAAGGAGCCGAAGAGAGUCAGAUUAUAGGGAUGAACUACAAGAGGAGUGAAUGUGCUAAACAAUGGUUUAUUUUUAUCAAUACUUUUGUUUUAAUUCUAUUUAUAGUUGGCCCUACAUUUUUAUAGUUUUCUCACUUCCUUUAAAGAAAUGAUCAUUGUUAAUUGAAACUAUCGCACCAUACAGAAUAAUGGCAGAAAUUUUACAUUUAUUUUUUCACAUUCAAGUAGACCGGAGGAAGAGGGGCGAGUCCGACAUUUGUCUGGCCACUCGGCGUCAAGGUCACACUCUUCACAAGAGGGCCUGUUAUUUGUAGGUCUUCAACACGGUGCAAAACAGGAGGAGGUAUUUUGCUGUGUUGAAAUUCUAAAAGAAAUUUUAACCAAAUUGUGCAAUUUCUCUAAUGAACAGUCUGCAAUGGAAACAAGUAUAGCUUUCAGGUCGAUUGAGGAACUUGUUUAUUUAUUGAAAUUAAAUUGAGAUAAAUACAAAAGUUUUUGUCAUACUUGCUGCUAUUGUAUUUCUCAAAAUUAAUCUUAAAUAGUUUUAAGUUGAAAUAAAUGCUUUAAAUUUUAUUAAGGGUUUGUCAAUAUAUCUCUCAUAUUUUUUUAGUUUUAAAUGUAAAUAUUUAUUUAAAGUUAUAUUUUUAUUAACACUUUAUUUUAAUUUAAUAGUAUUAUAUAUUAAAACCUUGUCAAAAGUUAAAUAAUGUAAAAAAUAUUUAGUUUUUUAAUAACAAUUAAUAAGAGCUUUAAUUUAAUAAUUUUAAUCGAUUGGUUUUUAAAGUGACAAAUUGUUAUUUUUUACAGAGCGCUUCAGGAGACUUUAAUCUUUUAAUACAGAUUGUUAUUGAAUGAUCAUUAUUGAUAAUAAUCUAUUGAUAACUUCAGAAAAUGUUUAUUUGCUACACAACUAGGAUCAUGCAACUGAUUUUUUUCCCCACAGGAAGUUUCUUACAGUCGUUUUCUUGUGGCCUCUAAUAGGAAAAAUGUAAAAAGAGCAUACUCUGAGCACAAAGAUCAAAUAAUCAGCAGUAAGUUGACAUAAAAUAUAGCUUCUCUACCCAGUCAAAUGCCAUUAUUUUAAUGCAUUGUUUUCUAUUCCAAAGCUUGAAUCAUUUCUGGAGUCGGAAGACAUCUAGUCUUUUUUUUUUUUUUUAUUUGGCAGCUCUGAUUAUUAUUUGAUUUCCGGUAGUUUAUGUUAAAUCUAUUAUCAGUUGGUGUCAGUGUAGUACUACAUAUGUCAUUUUGUCCAAUGUCAUUUGUUUCAACAUGACUCAAAAUGUAAUUAUAUUUCAGUGACCUCUAAUCUAAUGUACCAUUGUGUCACAAUUUAGUUGAAACCUAAAUAGUGUUGUCUGAUAAAUGAAAUUUAAGUUAUGGAAAUUAAUUAUUAUUUUCAAAUAAAUCAGACUAGAUAAUUAUAAUUGUAUUUUAAUAUUUUUAUUAUAAUAUUGCAGAAAUCAAUCAUUAACUUUAAUUUUAAAGCCAGUUGAAAAAUAAAACUAGAGUGCCUCAAUUAAACACCUAGAAAAAAUAUACAUAAAUCUUUAAGGGCCAACAUCAAGUCAAAAAAGUUAAUUUAUGCUUAAUUCUACCCCCACCUCAACUCCGCAAACCCACCAGUUCUAAAUGUAGCAUCAUACCAGAAUUUUCCAGUCUUUAUGUCUUUAUAUGACGAGAAUAAUUUUAUUUAAAGCACUUAUUUCAUAACAAGAAUCUGUAAUAGCAAACCAUAGGAAAUAACAUAAAAGUUAAUGAUAUAAUGGUGUAUUUAUUUGAACUAAACUAUAAACAUUGAAUGGAUUGCAAAGGUUUGAAAGAUGCUUUGUCUAAGAUCUGCAUUAAUGUGACCUAAUGAAUGUUUAUUUCUGCUAGGGCCAUCAGAAAUAUUUAAAUCAUCAUCAGGCUUAUUAAGUAUGUAUCAGUUGUAGUGUAGAAGUCUUGCAUUUAACCAAUCAUUAGUAAGAGAGAGUGCUGGCAGUGAAUCACUAGCAACUAUAUCAAUGAAUAAUGUAACAUUAGAAGGAGCGCACACAAAAACUGAAAUGAAACUUUCUUUUUUUAACUAUUAAAUAUUCUUUCAAAUUUUCUCAACAAGGAAAAAUUUUUUUAAUAAUAUUUGUUUAGUUGUUAUCAAUUUUAAAAGGAUAAAAAUAAAACUGAGUUAAGAUUAACUGAAUUUCUUUCAUUAAUUUAUGUAUUAUUUAUAUUUGCUUUUUUUCACAACUGAAAAGCACACAGUUGAUAAAUUAUGAAUCCUUAUUCUGUAACUCUUGGCAUCUAGUUAGAGCAUUCACUAGUUUUUUUAAAAUGCAUUUACUCUGUAAAGACUAAUCCAGCUUAACAUGUACGACACCUAUGUAAAUGAUUUUAUUUUACCUUUUGGCUUUAACUUCUGGUAUCUUUAUGAGCUUCUGGUAGUAGUCUCCCCUAUAUUAUAAUAAAAUGUCCACCUGCUCAUGUAAUUGCUGCUUCAUUUUAAAUUUUGUUUGACUACUUUUUUUUUUUUUUAUUUACAUGUAGUAUUUCUUUAUAUUUCUUAUUUAAAGUUUUGAAGCUUUGCAAACACCACUCAUCACAUUUUCUUGAUGGCUUAUCUGAUUGGUUAGGAAAUGAUGUCCCUCAGAAGCAGGAAAUCAAAAUUUUUAAGUUUGAAAUCUUGAUGGCAAUAAUUCAAAGCUGGAAAAUGCGUCCUAAAAUACACUUGUGGUCAAAACAGAAAAACAUAGUUUUACAUCAUACAAAUUUACACUAAUGUUUCAUGUAGAGCUAGCUCUCUCUAGUCUUGCAAAGUAUAGAGUCUCUCAAAUAAAGUUUAACAUAAAAAGAGAAUGUUAAAACCUUUUUUACAUGGAAAGUAUUGUUAAAUGAAAAAAUAUUGUUGAAAUUGUUAGUGGUUAGAUAAACAAAAGUCUGGAUGUGGUUAUGUUUUAGUACUGAAACGACUCAGGCAUGCAAAAUAAACUUCAAAAAUCUUUGGAACCAUAGUAAUUUCCAUUGGUCCAUAGAGUAUCAUAGAGUGUUUAAAUAUAUAAGAUGUAUCAAGGCAGAAGUUUAAUACCAUUAAAGUAAAAUGCUACUGAAAGCUCAUAGCGAUCCAAGGUCAUGGCCUUAGGGAACCGAGUGUAUAGACUUGUCCCAUAACCCCUGCAGAUCAAGAAGGGUCACGUGGCAUGCCGCAUGACACCCCGCCCCAACACUUGUGGCACCCUCACAUUAACCAAUGGCAGUGGCACUGCCACCUGGAGACAGGUACAGUAAGCACAAUUUAUUGUUUGAACAGCUAAUGAGCCACUAUUUAGAAUUUCACUUUUUGCAUUGAGUUAACAAGUAUUCUAAUUCUAAGAUACUGACUUCAUGUUUGUUAGCUAUUUGUUACUAAAAAAAUGUUGACAUUAUUUCAAGCAUUACACGCAAGGUUUGUGGCAUUCAAUUGUUUUUCUUAAAAUUCUUAAACUAGCUGAAAUAUUAAUAUAAGAAAUGUUUAUAGAUGAAAUUUCAUUACAUGAAAUGUUAAUAGAUGAAAUCUUAAUAGAGGAAAUGUUAAUAGAUGAAAUGUUAAAAGAAGAAAUCUUAAUAGAUGAAAUAUUCUUCAAGAAGAAAUGUUAAUAGAUAAAAUGUUAAAAGAAGAAAUAUUAAGAGAAGAAAUGUUUAUAGAUGAAAUGUUUAUAGAUAAAAAUGUCAGUAGAUGAAAUCUUAAUAGAAGAAAUGUUAAUAGAUGAAAUUUAAGUAGAAGAAAUGCUGAUAGAUAACAUGCAAUUAGAAGAAAUGUGAAUAGAUGUAAUGUUAAGCUAGCCUGCAGCUUCUUCUUUUUUUUUUUUUAAUCUUUCUUUUUUAUUUUAAAACACUUUGAUCUGAUGUUAGUGUGAACCUAAAUCAUAUUUUUACAUGAAUAUUUUGUAUAUAUUAAAAUGUUAAUAGAUGAAAUUUAAGUAGAAGAAAUGCUGAUAGAUAACAUGCAAUUAGAAGAAAUGUGAAUAGAUGUAAUGUUAAGCUAGCCUGCAGCUUCUUCUUUUUUUUUUUUUUAAUCUUUCUUUUUUAUUUUAAAACACCUUGAUCUGAUGUUAGUGUGAACCUAAAUCAUAUUUUUACAUGAAUAUUUUGUAUAUAUUAUAUUUAUAUUCAUACAGUUAUAUUAAAGCUGAAUUUAGGCUACUCAUAAGUUAAUAAAAAUCACAAAUUGUCUUUCUUUAUCCUCAGCAAUACUAAAAUGCAAAAUAACAAUGAUUUGUAAAAGCUUUCUCUUCUGGUUCUUUUAGUGGGAUACUAUUAACAAACCCCGGAGACUAAAUAAAAAUGAAUUUUCCAAUAUUUUUUUCCAUUACAUAAUCUUCUUUCAUGCAUAUGUCACAAUAACCUUGAUGCAUAUAUCACAAUAACAUUGAUACAACUUAAAAAAUUAUUUAUAUUUGUUAAAAUAUUUGAAAGUCACAUAUUAGUUAUAUAUACUUGAAAGAAAAUAAAUUUGUUUUUCUUGAUAGCAUAACGUUUACUAUCUAUGAUUUGGCAGAGUUUAGAAUCAAUUGUAUUUAACAAACUUUCGAUAUUUAAAUUUUCUUUAAAACUUGAGUUCACACAAGAUAAUUUAAGUUAAAAUACUGUUUCAUUUUUAAGAGUUCAUAAAAAGAGCACUCUUAUCAUUUAACUAUCAAUGUGACUGGAAGCCUGUUGUCUGUUAAGUUCUUCUUAUACUUAAGCUGGUUGUGAGGCAUGAUUGUACCAGCACUACUUGAUUGUACCAGCUAUACAUAAUUGUACCGGCAAUACAUGAUUGUCCUGGCUAUACAGGAUUGUACUGGUUACACUUCAAAGUGUCAACACUGUGUUAGUCUGAGAUCAUCAUUUUCCUUACAACCACUAAUUUCAGUACAAGAAGAUUCCAUUGAUGCCUAUCAUGCCAACAAAUUGGAUGACCCUGAACUUCAGUCUGGAAGCUACAGGACAGAAUUAACAUUUAAAUCUUACCUGGUAAGUCGGGACAUCACAUGAUUACAAUUUAAAUAUUACCUGGUCAGUUUGGUCUGAAAUCAGGAAAUCAAAUGUUAACAUAUAAACAGUGCCUUAUCCUCAUUUUUAUGUUAAACUGCUAUUUAAAAAAAACAAAACAACACCCAUCAAGUCAAAUGAACCACCACUGAUAAAGCUCAGAGACUUUUUACAGGGCAAUAUUGAGUAGAAUUAAAAUGGUAUCACCCAUUCGUGAUAGUUUUGACCUCUUUAGUUAAUGUGCUAAUUUUGCCAUCAUACUAUAGAAUACCCCGGAACCAAAUACUUCAGUGAGAGACUAUUUAACAUUUUUAUUUUUUCAUAUUCUCAACAACAAUAAAAUAGUGUUAAUAUGAAACUGACAAUUUUUUUCUGUUUUUCAUGUAUAAGCUCCUUGAAUUGUUAAAUGAAUAUUUUCUGUAUAUUUUGAACAUUUCAGACUUCAAUUAUUGAUUAUGUCAAACCUUCUAUGUUGAAGAAAGAACUCAAUGAAAAGUUUCGUGUUCGUUUUCCUAAUGUCCAGCUAACAUUAUCUAAGCUAAGGAGGUAAGCUAAAGUCCACUUAUAUAAUCUAUGCUAAGGAGGUAAUCUAGUGUCCUAAUGUCCAGCUUACAUGAUCUAAGCUAAGACAGUAAGCUAAUGUCCUAAUCUCCAGCUUACAUUAUCUUUCCUGAGGAGGUACGCAAAUGUCCAGCUUACAUUAUCUAAGCUAAGGCAGUAAGCUUAUGUCCUAAUGUCCAGCUCACAUUAUAUAAGCGAAUACUGUAUGCUUAUAUAGUGAACUGAUCUUGCCUCUCUUCAUUCAAACUAAGCUUGACUGUCUUAAUUGUACCGGUACAUGACUAAGUCCUGGGAGUAAAAUAAAAAAAUACAUUAUUACAGUAUGCCAGAACUGACCUUCAUUUCGCAAACUUUGUUAUGGCUAGGUUCUGGUGAACAUGUUCAAACUUUGCUUGUUUCAAGCCAUAAAAAUGGAAAAGUUAUUGUUAUACAUGUUGUUUUUGUUUGUAAAUUGGCCACUUUGAUGAAGUGGGUAAAUUCCAAAUAGUAUAGUUGUUUUAAUGUGGCUGUGAGUGAGGGGAAAGGGGGAAAAAUUCAAUUGAGCUUAUUUAUAUGUUUAGACAAAGGUAAAAUGAAUAAAGGUGAAUUUAAAGGCUUAGAGUGUUUGUUCUUCAUUUCUUUCAGUUUAAAAAGAGAGCUUUAUCAGAUUUCACAUGUGAAGGUAAGUUCACUGGAACCUGCAGCGAAUGAUAAAAGUAACAACAGUAGGCCUAAUAAUUUAAUGGUCUCAUGUUAUUUUAAAUAUAAGCAAUUUUUAUUUCAGAAUACUGGGGGUUGUGGAAUCAAAAUUUUCAGUUUCAAAUCAAAGACUCGACAUUCCUUCUCCCAUUUAAUUUUUUUUUCCAGUGCUAAGUUCUUUAAUUAUUAACACUUUAUAAUAAGCUAAUGUUAUUAACAACACUUCAGCUGGGUAUCUUAUAAAAUAAAAGCAGGCUUCUGUAACUUGAUUAUAUAAUUUAAGAUGUCUCUUUUCCUUCAUUAAAAAUUAUUUUACAAAGUGAGAGGAUGUCUUUUCUGAGCAAUGUACAUAUUUAGAUCAUUAAAUAUAACAGAGCAGUCAGUGGAGUAUUUUUUAUUUUUUUAGGUAAACAUAAAAGUUAGUUAUGAACUUAGUUAACUAAGUUUUUCAAUGAUCAGUUUUUCUGCAUUUGUUUAUUGCUGCCUCUUCAACUAAUCUUAUUGAAUGUAAGUUUGUUUUUCUAUUUUCUGCAGUGUUCUGUGGACCUGUGGACAGUUGCUCAAGCUUAUGUCUUUUUUGAAAAAAUUAUUUUAAAGGUAAAUUGCUUUGUACCAUUCCUCUUGUUGUCCUCAACAAUUUUUCAAUAUUAUAAUUAAACAUAAAUAAAGGUAUCUCAAAACACUUUCCUAACAUUUUAUUAGCAAGGCAAAUAUUUGUUGCAUUUAUUCAACUCAAACUACCCAUUAGACACAGGGGUAGGCAACAAACGGCCCGUGGCAAACAUGUGGCCAGCUAAAACUUAAUACAGCCCACAAAACCUUCCAGGAACAGGAUUAAUUUUUUUGUUUAAUGUAGAAAUUUUACAUGAUUAUAUUUAACUCUUUUCAUUCCUCUUGUAUAGAGAGCGUACAACUAUAUACGUUGGUUAUUUUCGCUAAUAAAAUUUUUUUUUUUUAUUUUUAAAGUGUUCUAUACCUAUUUUAUUAUACAUUUGGAAGAAAAAUAUAUUAAAAAAUAAUAUUUAAAGAUUUUAAAUAAUAAUUGAUUUUUUUUGCGAGUUCGAGGUUCACAUGACAUGCCGAAGCGUUACUCGCCAUUUUGGGAAAAUUUGUGCAAGACGCUAGUCGACUCGGCAGACCAAAAUUUUAAAUAAUGAAAUUAGUGACGAAAAUAUUGAUCAAAUUUUAUCUGAAACAUCUGGGCAAGAUAGUUGGGAACCUGAAUCUAGUGACUUUUAUUCAGAUUUUGAUGAGAAUCUGCCUUAAAAGCCCAUUAUAGUCACUAAAACUAGAAGGUUAGUAAUUGAGUGUUUCGUCAUUCUAUAUUUUUAAAAGAUUUUUUACUUUCAUUUUUAUUUUAUCGUUUUAAAUUGUAUUUUUAAUCAUAAUUGAAGUAUUUACUACCCAUUUUAAAAAUGAAUCUACGCAAAUAAAAUCAUUGUAUAAUUUGCGAAUAUUUUAUUACAUAAAUAAUUUUAGAAGACGUUAUGCUUAGAAACUGUUGCUAAGGAAUGUUAACAAUGCAAUCGGCACUGAUUAUUAUGAUAUAUUUCAUCCUAAAGACAUUGAAAUUUGACAUCGAUGUGUGAUAUAAAAAAAUUAAUUAUCUGACACUAAUUUUUUUUGUAAUAACGGUUUUUAGACAGAAAUAUUAAAAACUGGAAAUGUAAGUAAGUAUAUAUUUCAUAUUCAUUGCAUCCCGAAUAGUUGCAUCAUAUAGGUCUAUAAUAUUAGUUCUUCUUUUACAUUCACAGGCUAGGCUUGGAGAUGAUGACCCACUGGUUCCCACUCCUAAGUUUCCCCCAGCCAGAAAGCCACGCUGACGUGUGGGAAGAAAUGUCAUCAUAACAUGACAACAAUCUGUCUAAGGAUUUUCAAGAUAUGUUUCACGCUGAAUAUGGUUGAAACAUUUGUAAAAUAAACCUAUUCACCUACCAUGGGACCUUCUAAACCUUCCAUCAACUGUGGUUUGUAUAUAUCUCAACAACAUACCACUUUUACACAUUUCUAGGACUACUAAUGUGCAUGUCAACUGUACAAGUCCUCAGUGUACAAAAAUACUCGUCAACCGCAACAAUGUUUCACUACUACCAAAUACCAUCAAUUGUGGGCUCAUGCUCUAUUCCCAAAAACAGAUUUUUUCAAAUAAGACAUUCUUCAAAGUUGAAACAGACAAUGAGGACAAACUGUGCAAAGUGAACUUGUCAGACUUUAUCAGAAGUAAAUAAAGAUAAAAACCAAAGCAAUGUGAUAUGAUGUGAUGGAUAAGAGAUAAUAUAAUUUAUACUAUGUUUAGUGGAGAGAAAAUUAGACAAGCCUCACUUAUUUCAAAUAAUACGACAGCAAAUGGAUUUUCUUUUGUGAACAAAACCAAAACUGAUUUGUGUCUUUCUAGGCAAUUAUUGGGGAGAAAACCAAAUAUUGUCAAAUCAGAUUUUGAAAUCAUACUAUACAUUCCUGUGACCUGUGUGGUGUUGACCAGUUUAAUGAAUAUAUCAUUGUAAGUAAAGAGAACAGCAGUGGACUAAUCACUUUUUCCAUUUUGUUGAUAAUGCCAGCUAUAAUCUCUUCAGGAUUGUUCAAAAGAAAACUAUGAUAUAGAUGAACUGAAGCUACCUGACAUUUUAUUCUAACUGACUUCACCGAGGAAAUUAUUUUAGCAUUUGAUGAUUUACUAAAAGUGAUGCAGUUCCAAGUGCUGCAAAUGUAAAUAACACCAAAUACAAUCUAAAUGCAAUAAUUCCUGAUUGCAUAGAUUUUAAAAGCAAUUGUCAGUGUGCUAGUGCUAUAAAUUAGGAAUGCUAAGAAAAUAAAAUUAUAAAUCAAAUAUAGCGCAUGGUAAAUUUAUCUUUGUUAAAAAAACAAAAAUUUUCUGACUAACAGUACAAUGAAGUUUAGAAUCUCUAUUAUUUUUAAAAAUCUUGAAGUAAUUUUUAAAAGGUAAAAUAAUAAUAACCUGUAAUUUUUGUGAAUACUUGGAGGGGUGGGGUGAUUUUUAUUUUUUAAAAAUUAUUUCCCCUUUUUGACACAUUUUACAAAUUAAUUUAUAUUUUGGUAAAAUUGUUGUGAAAUGUUCUAAAUCAUGCAUAUGAUAUAAGAAAAUGAAUUUGCUUUCUAAAUAAACAGAUUUUAUUAAAUAAUUUCAUGUGGUUUGUUUUUUUCAUUCUUUGCAUGUGAUCACCAAUUUUUUUUUUUACACAUUUUCAUUAAAAACAAAUUGCAUUAUUUCUUCACAACUUCUAAGUAUUGAAACUAUUUGUUUGAAAACAAAUAUUUUUAGAAACCUCAUGCAUUUCCCCACAAUAAUAUAUAAAACAUAAUGCAUUUUGGACAAGGAUUCUAAAAGUUAUUGACUCCUUUUUAAAAGGUCACUAGAAAUCUCAUGAAAAACAUGCAAAAUUCAAGGAAUGUAAAGAGUUAAAAGCCCCUGGAAAUUUAAAAUCACAGGCUAUACCACUCUCAAGUACUCAUCACAGCAAAUUAAAAAUUUGUUUCAUUGAUUAUUUUUUUACUCAAGUGAAUUUUUUAAGGUCGUCUUCAAUAACAUAUGUGAAACUAGAACUCUAGAUUCAUAUCAAAUUAUCAUGCAGCCCACCAAAUAAAUUAUUUGCCCUGCACAUAAAAAAAACCUUUUUUUAAAAAAAAGUAGAAAUGGUAUCUCUAUUAGAGGCAAAAUACCACUAUCCAGCAGAACUGUCCAAAUAUAACGUUUCAUUUUAUAUAAAAAGCAAUCCCUUAGCUUAAAGAAUAUUUUCUUUCACCACACUUUAAAGUGUCCUUUCUUACAGCAACUGAUAACCAAACAGAAUCGUAAGCUGUGUGCAGGUGCUUGUCUUCUCUUGUCUUGCAAACUCAAUGAUGUCAAGGGACCAACACUUACAAAACUUAUCGAAGUAAGUAAUUUUAUAAUUUAUUAAUUUUAUUCACAUUUUAUUAAGAAGUCAUUUGUCUGUGAAAAUUAAAUUUUUUAAAAUCACAAAGCCUGAAUUUUUAUAGAAUAUCUUUAUUUUCUUUGUUAUUCUGGUUUAUGCUUCUAAACAUUAUUGAUAAAACUGAAAAGAACAGUCCAAAAGAUUUGAUUAAAUCCAGACCAGGCCAGAAGGACAAUAUAUACUUUUAAAAUUUAAAUGAAAUUUUAAUGUAAAACAAAUCAAAAACAUUUGAAUGGUUUAAAAAAUUGGUUAAUUGUAGCUACUACACCUUUUAAAUUAAAGAUUACAUAGGGCCUUUAAAAAUUCGAUUAUUUCAUAUUUUUGUACACAAGCUAUUGACCUCCUGUCCUUUGAGAGAAUUUUUAAGUUUUGUUUGGACUGAAAAGAACUACUUUUUGACUUCAGUGUACCUUUGGCUCACUGUUUAACAAUUAAAUUUAAAUAAUAUAUUAAAAGCACCAGAAACUGUACUUUUUCUGUGUCAGUGAUAAAUAACAAAUUUACAUCACAAAUUUUGAACUCUGACCUUAAAAGCAGGGUUAUAAAAGAUGUUCAGAUUGGGCACUUUGUACUUUAUAAAAGUCUAAUAUUUCAAUGGUUAAUUUAAAUUUUGUUUUACAUGCAUUUCCUUUAAGACUAGAAUAAAUUCUUUAUUGAUCCAAAUAGAUGGAAAUGUUUUUUUUAUGACAUUGUGACAACAAAGUACAUUUGUAACAAUUUAAACACAAGACAUCUAAAGUAUUUAUCUAGUGUAGGAAUCAGCCAUCAAUGAAUUCCUUUAGUGAUUGUUAGGGACUUGAAUGUAUAGUGUGAUUGCGUGUCGGUGUGAGAUUAUGUGUGUUGUUUUAUCUAUUAUUCUUAGUAUCUUGUGACGUAUUGUGUGAAAAGGGAUAUGAUGUAGUUUGAUGGUAGAGUGUUGUUCUUUGAGUACAGUAAUGGAAGUUGAAGAAUUAGUUCGUUAAUAAAGAUAUUUAAUAUAAGAAUUAUAGUUGUGAAGUGUAUAUAAUUAAACCCCUAGACAACGAAGUCAAUGAACCUUUUUAAGUAAGAAGAGGUUUGGAAUAGUGAUAAUAAUGAGUUACUCAGUGACCAAUCAGAUUUGGUAAAUGCGUGGGAUGGGGGGGGGGGGGAGCAUGCUGGUAAAUUCGUACAGAUUGGGGAACAGAAUUUUUGUAUAUCUUUUGGUCCUAAUUUUAAGGGAAAGAAUUCACCCUCGUUGAGCUGAUCUUAGCCAUCUGUGUAGGGGGGGGGGGGGGGGGGGGGAGCAUGCUGGUAAAUUCGUACAGAUUGGGGAACAGAAUUUUUGUAUAUCUUUUGGUCCUAAUUUUAAGGGAAAGAAUUCACCCUCGUUGAGCUGAUCUUAGCCAUCUGUGUUAACCCUUUUAUUACUGCUGGUUUUUGGGCAUUGAUUUUUGCAGACUCAGCAAUAAAAACUAAACAAAAGAAGAAACUUUCAUCAUUUUUCUAUCCGAGUCGCUUGUUAACUUCUCUAUAGAUUAACGAAUAAAGAAAUAUAUAGCAUUGAAAUAUGACGUCGAUGUGAUGCCCUUGGUAUUUCAGAAAAGUUCUUUGCCUCUUUGUUAUGGCGACAAUGUGACGUCCUUGGUAAUUGAAAGUGGGUGAUCGUGAUUUCGUGCUCUAUGUCAUCAGUAACAAAAGGGUCAAAGGGGGUGGGAUGUAUCAUCCAAAAUCUUUUUAGUUUUACAACAACAUUUUUCUUCAAAUCGCUGCUCAAUUUAAAGACAUUUAGUUUGUGUGAUGUUACUACCCUUCUUGAUUAGUUUAUUUAACUCCCCAAGGUUAAGAAUUUGUGUCUUUUCCUUUAAGAUGUAAAAAUACAUCAGAAUUUCGGCACAACUUUUCACAUUCUCAAAUAAUUUCUUUUAAAUUUAAUAGUGGAAUUUUAGAAGUGAUGUGUCACAAUAAAGGAUUGGCUGGUUUUUUUUUUUUUUGGUUAAAAAGUACUUGUAAAAAGUCUCACGUUAAUAAUGUACUGAUUUUAAAUUGUUAACUUAACCCGAAUGGUUACUGCCUGUGUUAUGCAUUGAAUCGUUUGAAAAUGCUUGUAUAAUAUAAGAAAACAUUUAUCCAUUUUUAAAAAAAAAAUAAGGAUUGGCUGGUUUUUUUUUUUUUUGGUUAAAAAGUACUUGUAAAAAGUCUCACGUUAAUAAUGUACUGAUUUUAAAUUGUUAACUUAACCCGAAUGGUUACUGCCUGUGUUAUGCAUUGAAUCGGUUGAAAAUGCUUGUAUAAUAUAAGAAAACACUUAUCCAUUUUUAAAAAAAAAAUAAAAAAUUUAAAGGUUUCAGCCCUAAAUUAUAUUAUCAGAUAUUAUCUUAUCUUAUGUUAAACUGCAACAUCCUUCACAUAUUUUAAAAAAAAAUAUUUUUGAUUUCCUUUCCUAACAGCAAGUGGUUGAUGAUUUCCGAGUCAACAGAAAAGAACUUUUACAGUAUGAGAUUGAGUGCCUGGUGGCUAUAGAGUUUUACCUUCACAUUCCAGACACUGAGAUCUAUCCACAUUACCAGAGACUUCUCUACAGGUCUUAACAUUGGACUUGACCAAUCCUUAGUGACCAUAGUGUUUUAACAUGGUUAAUGACAGAUCUUAAGAUUAUUGCCAUUUUAAAAUUGCUGUAUUGUCUUAUUUAAAAAUACACAAUCUGGAGUGAUAUGAGGGUGUUGGUAAUUUUUUGGUCGUGGCUUAGAUAUCGUCAGCCUGUCCCAUCUUGUAGGCAAUGAUGUCAAGCAUGGAUACACUAUCCAUAUUGAUGUCUAAAUUAUUAUAUUUAUACAUCCUUUGCCGGCCAUCCUAACUUCUUAACCUAAAAAUUGACCUCCCAUAUUUGGUACACAUUUAAUGAACUCCACCCAAAUAUCACAGCUGAAACUGACUCUCCUUAUUGAGGCAUGCUAUAUUACCUGGUACCGGGCUGAUGAUCUCACUACUCACAACUGAUUUAGAGGUUUUUGGAAGUCAGUCUGGACUGCAUUCCAAUUUUCUGCAAUGUUAAGAUUUGAAUCUGCUCGCAGCAAUACUAUGUUCAAGAGAGUAAUUUAAUUCAUUAAAAAAACUCUUUCAGUGUUUGACACAUUCAAUCUCUUGAGAGUCUUCACCUCCCAGGAUGCAAACAUUUUAACAUUUCAGGAAAUAGCCUUGUAGACUCACACCAAACAGUUGGACAUUUCAGGAAAUAGCCUUGUAGACUCACACCAAACAGUUGAACAUUUCAGGAAACAGCCUAUAGACUCACACCAAACAGUUGAACAUUUCAGGAAACAGCCUUAUAGACUCACACCUUUAUCAUCUCAUCUUUUUGUAGCUGGUAGUUGUUUUCUAAGUUGUAAAUGAUCAGUUACAUUUGAAUUCAACAGGGUUAUUGAUUCCCGUAAAUUUUUAACUGUUCAUGCAACAAAAUUUAAAUGAAAAUCUAGAUGUUUUGAACCCAGGAACUGUGUUGGUUACUGUUCUGUACUGUGCAGGCAAUUUAGAGCUUUUGGGUGCCUUUGGAAAAAGUGAUCUUUCACAUGUUAAUUCUAUAGCUAGACCCAUAAAGUAUCUAUUUGUUGAAAUUAGAGUGAGUGGGAAAUCCUAUUGGCUAUUUUGUUAAUGCUAUUUUAUACUAUGUGAGCAUUACCUUCACCUUGGAGUGGCCAAAAAUAAAGAAAAUAAUGAAACAUUUUAUUUUCAAGUACCCCAAACUGCAAUUUUUAAAAGGCGUAUUAAAAUAAUGUUUAUAUAAUAUGAUAGCAAUAUUAAUAUAAUGUUUAUAUAAUAUGAUAGCAAUAUUAAUAUAAUGUUUAUAUAAUAUGAUAGCAGCUUUAUUUAUCUUUCAGAAAAUGUAUUAUUUGUAUAUGUUUUAGUUAUUAAUAGAAUUAAAAAAUUCUACUGAUACCUAGAAUUACAUUCAAGCAACCAAGAACGACAUAAACAAUAUAAACAUUACUAAAUAGCAAGAAAUUUAAAAAGCUGCUAUGUGAAUCUUUAAUUUGUUAAAUGAAAUAUAAGAAACCAUAAAGUA